UAGUUUGUCCCUUACCGCGCGCCGUUGCUGAGUCACGUGACGCACUCAAAAUGGCUGACUGUUAACUUCCCUAGAUAACGAAGCACAGCUUUCAGACCAGGUUUAUUCACAUUUAUUUAAAAAAAACAGACUAUUUCUCGUGCUGCUGUGCUUCCUUUUUAUGUGAUUUGAAUCCAUUUAAGCAUCCAGACGAAGAAAAGUUAAUUAUGAGAUAGUUAUUGACUUAAUUAAGCAGCGAUUGUUUUGUUAGAGAACAUCCUCCAUUAUGCCUUUACAUUUCUGCCCACACUGCGGCUCUAAACUGCAGCCUGGGUUCAGGUUUUGUCCGUGCUGUGGAGAGAAGCUGCCCAGCCUGCUAGAUCUUCCUGAAUCCACAAACACAGAGUUGUCAGAGGCACCUGAUGCGGUGUGUAAGCUCAGCACACAGGUGGGGUUAAUGAGUACAGCCCCUGUCCUGACUCAGGACAUCACCCUGACAGAUGCUUCUGGUGAUCCUUCCUCCUCCUCCUCCUCCUCUUCCUCCUCAGCACUGAUUCGCUCUCCCAUCAAAUCCACACGCAGAGCCACGGGCAGGAAAACCUGCAGUCUAUCCACUCCACCUAAACCUGCAGCAAACAAGGAUCAGAAUCCUGUCGCUUCGCCUCAGAAACGAAAAGCAUCCCGGGAAGUGAAAGAGGAGGAAGAACAAAAGAAAGUGUUUUCUCCGCCUCCUCAGACUUCGCCCUCAGGCAAAGCUAAGCGGACAAAGCGAGCGUGUGCUGUGGAGCCUGUGCAGGAAGGACAGGAGUUUUGUGAUCAGUCAGGAAAGAAAUGGAGACUCGGGAAGCUGUUGAAUCAGACGGACGUGGAGCUGACGUACGAGGUGCAACAGGUUGGUGUACGGAGCUCAUCUAAUGACUCGAAACACAUAAUGAGACUGGGUGCCAAAGAUGGACAGCUGUUUAACGAACAGAACUUUCUCCAAAGAGCUGCCAAACCUGCUGCAGUGGAGAAGUGGAUGAAGAAACUCGGUUUGAACUUCCUCGGAAUUCCAUCAUGUGUUGGUUUUGGUCUUCAUGAAACCUACAGGUUUUUGAUAUUUCCUGAUAUGGGCUGCACUCUGCAGUCAGUUCUGGACACACAGAGGGAGAGUCUCAGUGAGAGAGAAGUCCUGCAGCUGGCACUGCGAUUAUUGGAUGCUCUGGAGUUCAUCCAUGAAAACGAGUACGUUCACGCGGACAUCCACGCAGGAAACGUCUACAUCAGCGCGCGGGGCCACUCUCAGGUUUUUCUGUCCGGUUUUGGUCACGCGUUCCGGUUCUGUCCUGGAGGGAAACAUGUGGAAUAUCGGGAAGGCGGCCGGACGCCUCAUCAGGGAAACCUCACCUUCAUCAGUGUGGAUUCACACAAAGGGGCCGGUCCGUCUCGGCGCAGUGAUCUGCAGUCUCUGGGUUUUUGUCUGCUCUUCUGGCUGACCGGUGCUCUGCCCUGGAGCCCCGUCACUCAGUCCGGCUCAGCUGUUUCUGCUCAGAAGGACAGGUACAUGGCUGAUAUUCCUGGAUUAAUGAGCUACUGUUUUAAAAAGAAGAAAGUUUCAGGUGCGUUACAGAGCUACCUGUCUCAGGUGAUGAGCCUGCACUACACUGAGAAGCCGAAUUACUCGGAGCUGAAACGUGAGCUGAGCGAGGCUUUACAGGAGCUGGGGGGAACUUUGGGAGAACCGCUGAUUUGCAGGUAAAAACUAAAACAGAGUGAAGAGAGAUGACACUCGCACCAGAUUGCCUUGGAUUUUACAAUAAACCGUUUGCUUUUAGAGGAAACAGGAUGAUGAUGAUUAUUAUUAUUAUUAUUAUGAUGUUUUAAGGGUGUGUUCUAAUGUUUACACUGCAGUGCCAUGACUGUUUAUCCAUUUUAAAAUGGUUUAAACUGUUGACAUUUCACUUAGUUUCUGUUUUUUUGUUUUUGUUUUUAGCACUAUCACUGUUGUUAGUAAUUUUAUUUUUCACAGUAGUUAUGAAUAAUUGUUUGUUAACUGUGUGGAUUUGACAAUAAACCAUUUUAUUAAUA